CUAGACGUAGAACUGUUCUAUCGAAGAUAAAAUACACUUCGUUGAUGUGGCAUGCGCUCGUACUUCGAGUAGAAUAUUGAGAAAAGCAUUUGUCAGUCUUCGUUUUUCGUCGCGACGAUCUGUCGGCGUGCACGUCGUACAUCGUGUUAUUUCCGUAACGUUAAUAUUUCACAUGUUCGAUCGGUCGAUCGGAGGACACAAGGGAAACGUUGCGAAAAAGUGAAAGCUGAAGCGAGAGAUCGCGGCGUUCAGCUGAAUGGAACCGUAGCGCCUGAAUUUGCAGUGCGUAAUAUUUGACACAUGGCUCGUUGAACAAUCGACAGUUGCGUAUCUAUAAUCGAGCUUCUCAAAUGGAGGCUAUGAAUUGUGACAAGUCGGAGGAUGCCGUGCAACAAUCAGACAAUACCCCACAAGAGUCGGAUAAUAUCAUGGAACAGGAUGAAAGUAUCACUGAACAGUCAACAAGCACCAUGAAAGAGUCUGAAAGUAUUGCACAAGAAUCAGACAGUGCUGUAAAGUCUGAAAAUAUUGCACAAGAAUCAGACAAUGCUGUAGAGUCUGAAGGUAUUGUACAAGAAUCAGCAGACAAUGCUGUAGAGUCUGAAAGUAUUGUACAAGAAUCAGCAGACAAUGCUGUAGAGUCUGAAAGUAUUGUACAAGAAUCAAACAAUGCUGUAGAGUCUGAAAGUAUCGUACAAGAAUCAGACAAUGCUGUAGAGUUUGAAAGUAUUGCACAAGAAUCAGACAAUGCUGUAGAGCAAAUGGACACCACCGAAGCAAAUCCCAAGACCACUGAUGACACAACUUCUCAUACUGAAGAUACAGAUAAAAUACUUCCAAUGCAAGUAGAAUGUGAUCAACAAUCAGAAAAUUAUUCUACAAAUGAACCUAUUGACCUUAUUGCUACUGUCAAAUUAGAACCAAUGGAUGUGCAGAAAGAAGUAACAGAUGAAGAUGUAAUGCAUCACUUGGAUGUAAUAGAAAAUAUCGAAUUGGAUCCUGAAACAUUUUGUAUGGAUAAAGCUAUGGAGCAUAUUGAUCCUUCUGAAACUUCUAAAAGUGAGGAAGAAGAACAGAUGCAACAGGAUGAAAUAACAUUGAUUGAAGAAGUGAGAGGAGAGAUAGAAGAAAGUUGGUAUAAAGAAAAGAUCGCAGAGAAAGAAACGCUUGUUAGAGAAAGACUUUCGAAAUUAGCUCGAGUUUUAGGAAUUUCUUACCCUCAUUAUGAGAAAUGGUUAGAGAGAAUAGAGAAGAAAGAAGGUUCACCUAUAUGCAAACUUGAUCCGAUUCGACAUUGUUCAUUAAACAAACCACAUACGAAUCGGUGGAAGUUUGAAUGUAUCCUGAAAGAUAUACAGACAACCGUGAAAGAAGAAGAUAAGUCGGAAUCUUUUGUCAAAAGUUACAAACCAGUCUGGUGCCUUGAACCAACGUCGGCGUGGGGUGUUAAUACCAAUAAUAUGUCUGAAUUUCCAUCGUUUGUGUUAAGAGCUGUCAAGAUAUUUGAAAAUUUUCUUCAAACAACGAUAUCACCGUCGCAAGACAAAGCGGCGGCGGCGUCCGAUGAAAGUCCAUCGAACGACACAUCUACGGAUGCCGAUGCGAAAGAAAACGAGGUGCAAAAGCAAAAGUGGAUGUGGCUGUUAGUGCGUUGCAAUAGCAUGGACGAGCUCAUGCUUUUCGCAACUGGAAAGAACAUCAGCCGCAACACUAUGGACCGUCUGAAACAGAUAUACGAGUCCGGCCCGGGUAAAGAUUGCAAUGUCAAGUCUCUGUAUUGCAAAUCGAUGAACAAAUGCGCUAAUAACAAAAUUAUUACAAACACCACGUUCUUAGUGGGAGCGGAAGCUCUAGACGAAGUCGUCGGCAGCCUGAAAGUGCAGCUCUCGCCAAAGACCAACUUUUGGUCGAACGCUGCCGGCGCGUUGAACGUAGCCAAAGCAGUCAUGGACAUGCUUAAACCUACGCCGAAAGUGACGGUGCUCGAAAUCGGUUGUGGCAUCGGCGUGAUCGGACUUAUGAUGGCAUCUAAAUGUCUGGAAGUGAUAGGGGUUGAUUCACCAUCGGAAAUCGAAGAAGCCGAAAUGACGUGUGACUUGAAUAACAUUACAAAUGUGUCUUUCGUGAUGGGCUCUCCGGCCGACGUGGUGAAUAAAAUAAGUGCCGCCGUGAAAAAUCGCGUGACAUAUGCCAUAGUCAACGCGAACACCAAUAUGGGCAGAGCCGUUGAAGUAAUGACAUGCUUAAGAAAACUCACGUCCCUGCGGCGUAUCGUAAUGGUCACCACGUUGACGAAACAAUCGGUUCGUGCGGUGUUAGAACUCGCACGGCCCAUCGAGGAUGGCCUCGGUCAUCCGUUCAUGCCGAUCCGGGCAUGCGUUGUCGAUACCCUGCCGAUCGGGCCUCACUUCGAGACAGUUAUUCUAAUGGAACACAGACUUAUGCAUAGACUCACGCAGCCGUGGUUCCUCAAGAUACUGGAAGAAGAGAGCAAAUCCUUGGAGAACACCAGGGCGUUAGAGAAAGAGAUCAAUAACAGCGGCGUUGAUAACGCCGAGACGCAGUUGAAAAAGAAUCCAUUAGCGAACGUCGACGUGACAAAAAAGUCGAAGCUCGCGAGAAAGACGAGCCCGGUGAAGAGCGACUUGAGCUCACCGUCGAAAGGUAAAAUCAGACUGAAACGCGAGAAUGAAUCGCCCGAGAUAAUCGAGAUACCUAAAAAGACGAAGAAAUUCGACAAGCCGGUAUUUAACAAGUCGUGGAAGCAACAUGAUGCUGCAGCCAAGAAAAAGAAUUGGCACGAUAAAUCAACGCUUCGCAUCAAUCCUCUGUUCGAGAAAAAGACAGCAACCAAUAAAGAUCAGAUAGACCUGCGCACAAAAUUGUCGAGCAACAGAAUUGACGCAGACUUGGUGCAGAAGGUGAACGAAAGCCGAGAGAUUCUCGAAGCGGCCAAAGAGAAGCUGAGCGGUCCUUCGCCUACGGUCGACGCGACCACCGCGAAGGAAUUGCAAAAUGUACUGACUAUGGUCCUCGAGCAGACCAACAAGCUGCAGAAUCAGUUGCCACGCUCAGUGUGGGAUCGCAUCGCGCCACCUGAGAGCGCUCAAGAUGCGAUUCAGGUGAAGAAAGAGCUCGACGAUGAUCCGCUCUUGAAGGGUCGAUUCGUGCAGGAGACUCAUGCCCAAGAUAUUCUUAUAACAACCGCGAACAAGGAGUACAUGGAGACCGACGUGAAGCCGACGAUAUAUAAGAAAUAUCAUAACUUAGCACCGGCAGAACCAGAUACGACCUUACCUGUCGAAGUGAGGUCGAACGAAAAAGUAACAGUCUAUCAGAGAUUUGCCAACAAAAACAAACAACAGAACCAAGGUAACUCUUGGAACAGGAACAAAGCUUUCAACAGAAGCCGCUGGAGUGACGUGGAAACCACGAGGAAACCUACGUCUCCGAUGAGAAAGCAAAAUUCGCCGUUUAAACAUCGAAUAUCAUCGCCGAGGAGAUUGUCGCCAAAGCGGUCGCCGCCGAGACGUGCGAGCUCGCCGACUAGGAGACAUCUCUCUUCAGACAGGCCGGUCUCGUCGCCGUCAUCAUCUUCGUAUCAAGGGCGCAAUUCUCAAAUGCACCGCGAUUAUUCGCCUCAGAGACGGCCGAUGUUGUCUACAUCAUCCGGCGGUAGACGCGAAAUGUCACCGCCAAGGCGACACGUGUCUCCUAUGGAUCGGCCGGUGUCUGCGACGCAGCAAAUGUCAUGGCGACAGCCCAGUCUGUCUCCACCGAGACGGCAGAUGUCUCCUAUGAGGAUGUUCAGCUCGUCGACGAGACAGGUGUCUAUGAUGAGGAGGCCGGCGUCUCCCGUGAGACACAGGCCGAUGUCGCCGACGAGACGGCAAAUGUCUCCGAAAAGGCGGUCCAUGUCGCCAGCUGACAGAAUGAUAUCCCCGUCGAGAUCAAGAGGCAUGAUGUCACCGAGAAAUCAGUCGCCCGUGAGGCAUCCCUCGCCGCAUCGAAUGCCAUCCGGACAGGAGUUCUCGUCGCCUCCAAAGCGACAGCAGUCCCCGCCGAGGCGGCAGAGCCCACCGCAAAAUAGAUUCGCGGACGAAUGGGACAUACCGAAUCGUGGCGCUAUCGAGCAAGGCAUAUGGCAGCGUUCCAUUAACGAGAGAGCAUCGGAGAAUAUCUGGCUGGAUAAGAGGCAGACGGCGACCAGCGGAAACUGGCAGCCUCUCUCUGACAAUAAUAGAUAUCACAAAUCGCAGACCCAGCAACAAGAGAGAUCUUGGGACAUGAGAGAUUCUCACGCGGACUCUUGGAGUUCUACGCAACCUCUCGCGAAGUCCGAUGUGAAAGAGUCAUGGAGUCAGAAUUUAAACAAUAGUAGAUGGUCUGGCCCGUCCAGAUCGGGGAACAGCGGCGAUGAUUGGGAUAACAUAGAGAAGGAGAGCAGUCGCAAGGAGACUUGGACGGACACGGAUAUGCCGCGUUGGAGCGGCCGCGAGGAGCAGCCGCAGUCCAAUGACUCCUGGAACCAAGCAGACAAGGAUGACUGGAACGACUUGCCGGAAGACGCGCGAGAUCCUUGGGGCGACGAUGUCGGGGGUAAUGUCGGCCUGAAAGAAAGAUGGCUGAACAUUGACAAUCAGAUUGUGGUGACGACCACUUGGCCGUCCGACAAAAGAGAGCCAUGGUUAAAGGCCAAAGACAAUUGGCAGAACAAGUCUCAAGCUUUUCCAGCGAAGCAACCGUGUCAAAGCAGCAGUAACAUGAGUAUGAAUGAUUCGCGCUGGUUAGCUCCAAAUGAGACGAAUAAGAAAGCAUCAUCGACUAAUUGGCAAGGAGGAGGAGGCGCCAACACCGGAAUGUGGCAGCAAUCAUCAGCAAACUAUAACUUUCAAUCGCAACGCUCCUUCAACACCACUACAUUCAAGGAACGACGUUAGACGAGACAUUAGAUCAGAUAUUUUGAUGUAUACACUUCAAUUACCUAAUAGUUUGUUAUCACGUCAAUGCUUCAUUAUGUGUGGCAAAGCCGUCAGUUCUCUUCUGAAUGAAAUGCAUUACAGAUCACAAUAAACACGAGUUGAGUUGAGGAUUACUCAAAUUAAAACUGAUCGCUGGAGCACCUGUAUAAUUCGAAGUUUCGUAAAAGAUUACUGAAGAUAUUUUUACCUUAAUUUGUACUUGUUUUUUAUGUUCAUCACAACGGUGCAAUAUGUUACGAUAUACAAUGAUAUCCAAUGGCACAAUAGUUCAGUUUAACACAUUAAGCGCCAUGUUGAAUUCGAAUGGAAACUUCGAAUCGAAUUUUUUAAUUGUGCACAGAGUCAGAUUAUGUAAUAUGUUGCCAAUCGCACGAAUUGCAAACGAGUUUGCACGAGUUCAAAAUUGCUUAAUUAAACUUUGCGAAAGGAAAAAUAAAAUUAAUUGAAAUUGAAUUAGAUGGAAUUAAUGAAAUUAUUCUCAUUUUGAUAAGAAAUUGUCACAUGGAAAGAAGUGACGAAUGUCGUUGUCACUCAUUGGAUGAUACUUGAUGUGUUAAGUGUAUUACAUAAUGAAUCUAUUUCAGCGACACGUUUCUCAUGUAUGUUUCUCAUAUAUAUUAAUCUCUAUAAAAUGUAUGGAAAAUCACACCCAUUUUUACAAAGGUGAAUGCGUUAUUACAUCAAAUCAAAUAUACAUAUAAUAAAAUA